AUGCCUGCUGUUUUGCUACAUGCUCCUAAGCCACCUAUUUGCAUUAUGUCAACCGUGAAUAGACUGUCUUCGGCGUAUGACGCCGGGCCCAGGCUCCUCAGAGAUGUCUGGGGUGUCACGGCCACCGCGAUUGUUAUUGUGGCUUUAAGGGUCAUUGCAAAAUUGAGAAUUCGAAAAUUUGGGCCGGAUGAUAUACUUAUGGGGUUCGCACUGUGUUUAGCCACGGUCGGAUCGGUCAUGAUGACAAUAGGCGUCAAAUUUGGAUUCGGCCAAAGGGUAGAUGAGCUUAGUACCAACAAUGUAUCAAAGGUCAUCCUGUUUGACUACCUUACCCAGACGUUUGGACUUGCAGGUGGGGCCUUAGGACGCUCCUCUUUCAUUGUCUUCAUCAUUGGGCUUCUCGUGUCCAGAAAAUGGCACAGCGUGGUCUUCUGGGUAUUGGUCGGUCUUCAGCUAAUAGUCAACUCCAUGUUUAUUAUCAUCUUGUUUGUUCAGUGUCCAGGACAUGCAUCAGCUAUCUGGGAUUCUGAUAAAGCAAAGUGCUGGAAUACGCAUGUGCAGGCCUACUAUGGAUAUUUCCAAGGAGCAUUCAACGCAACGACUGACUUGUACCUUGCUGCCUUCUCAACUGCCACAUUUUGGAGGUUGAACCUGAAUUUAAGGGUCAAACUGGGACUGGUCGCAUUACUGGGACUGGGAAUUUUCGCAAUGGUCGCCGCUAUCAUCAAAAUAGUACAGACUCGUGUCCUCGCAUCUUCCGAUAUGGACCCGACGAUUGCCACAAUAAACUACGACCGAUGGCUAUAUAUCGAGACGUACUUGGUGAUAAUAACAGCCUCGAUACCGUGCCUUCGAUCUAUCCUGCGUUCGGUGAAGGGUCAAACACCAGCAGACAGAAAUACAUACGGGCUUGGCCCGCGUUAUGUGGUUGGCUCAAUUACACAAAUGGACGACACAAAAAAUCCUGGCUCUGCUCUUGAAAGAAAUAGAACAAUACCUGUCUCUCAAGGCAAUGUGAGCAGUGAAGAUCUCUGCGACGGUAAUGGCCGUGAUGAUAUGAGGAACUCAGGGCGUUCCAGGGAAUCUGUCAUAAUUUUUGUUUAG